GACUGGCUCAUUUUCGCAACAUUUUCUGUCGGAGCUUAAUUUUCGUCGUGCAACUUUUUGAACAACGCGUCAAAAAAGUCGUAAAAUCCGUCAAUGCUUCCAAGUUUUGAGCUUGUCCCAGCAUUACCGUCCAGAAACUGGGUACGUUUUUGCUUCCUUUCUCCUUUACUUUUUUCAAGUCGAAGCUACAGCGUUGACGAGCUCGUGACGACCCAACUUCUUACAGAGAAAGAUUUGGUAGCGAAGGUGAUUAUUUUCGAUACGCGUCUUGCCCACGAACACUUCGUCUUGUACGGGCGGGCGACCUAUCCUUCAUCCACAAGACAUCGCAUCGACCUCAGACGUUGCCGCGGAGAUUUGGUCCAGCUUUGGCGAUGCGCCAUCUGGACUGUUCAGUACCGCAGAUUUUGACUUGACCAUAUCGCGCGCGCGGCAGCAGGAUGUCCUGAAAGAGAAAAAUUCAAGAAGUGAGGGCGAUCAUUUCGAAGUGACGCGUCGCGAACUUCGGAGGCGCUUUGCGCCUCGAUUUGACCCGGAAAUUUUGAGCAGACGCGCCUAGGUCAACGAUG